ACACAGUUCCGCGAAUGUCAGCGUUACUGGAAGAGAAUUUGAACCGGAAAAUCGUCUUUUUUAUUUUCUUAAAUGGCAUAUUUUUAUUUUUAAAAUUUUCAUGAAUGUUUUUAUAACGACUAUACCGCCGAUGAAAGGAGUAUGUUGUCGGUUUCGGGGAACUAGACCGUUGGUGCGUGUCACCUUGAAUUGUGCCUGCCGUGAAUGACUGAACGAGAAAACUGGAAAACCGCCGCACACACGCCGACUGAUUGGAAGCGGAGUGGACCAGAUUUGGUUCAUCUAUGUCUCCGGUUUUAUUCCUUAGCCACGUUUUGUGUUUACGUCGUUUUUUAAAAUGGGAGUAGUGCUACGGAACCUCCAGAAGGUGGUACCUCUGCGCCGAGCCAGGCUUCGCAGGGACGUGGACACGCUGAGACACAUCCUGGGCAUCCAGAAGUUUGACCUGGGCAUCAUCUGCGUGGACAACCAGAGGAUCCAGCAGAUUAACAACAUGUACAGGAAGAAAAAUCUGCCCACGGAUGUCCUCUCGUUUCCAUUUCACGAGGACCUGAGGCCCGGUAAGCUGCCUUGCCCCCUUCAUAGAGACGAGCUGAACCUCGGAGACAUUUUCCUCGGCGUAGAGUUUGUGAUGAAGCAGUGUCAGGAGGAAUCCUUAGACCUGCACGGUGCUCUCACCGCCAUCACUGCACACGGCAUCUGUCACCUCCUGGGCUACAGACACGAGACGGAGGAAGAAUGGACGGAGAUGUUCCAGAGGGAAAGUUACAUCCUGAGUGAGUACAACAGACUCACAGGUCGACACCUGGAGCCGCUGAUGAAGAGAUGUAACCAGGACAGGUGACAGCGAAGCUGCUCCAGGUUUCAUUCACUGACCGAAGACACCACCUGCUUUACAAUCUGCAUUUGCUGCUUUUAUUUUGAAGGACUAAUAACAUUUCCCCCUCGCUCCCUCCCCCCACAUUCCCCUCGUCCUAUGAAAAACACUGGACUGUCGUCGAAUGGUUUUAAAAAUAAAAAAAAGGAAGAGAGAAGUCUGCGCACGUUCACUGUGAUAUUUUAUUAAAAUCUGCUUUAGGAAGAGUCAGUCAUGUAUGAAGGGUAGAAAAAGCAAAAGAACCUUUUACCCUCCUUACACUGCAUUAGGGACAGGAUGUUCAGGGAAGCACAGCAUUUCAGAAAUCUGAUGCAGACAUAAGAAACUAAUCCGAGUGCCACGACGUACUGUUCUACCAGGAGCUGCACACUUUCCAGAAACCCAGCUAUAAAAGGCCUGUGUGGAUUUUUAUUUCUUCAUUUUUAAAAUGUGAACAUUUGGAGAAAUCAUUUGGUUUGGUUCUGAUUAUGUAUCUGAACGUUUCUGCUGUGGUCCAGCCAGUGUCUGGAGUAAUGAAUGAAUCCGUUCUAUGAGUCUGACAGUAACUAUCGCAGCAGGUUAGCAGAGAUCCAAGCCUUUAAAUAUUAUAUACUGGCCCUAAAGGUGAUGA